AUAAUAAUUACUUGUGAGUUUGCCGCUUUAUAUAUAUAUAUAAUUGAGUUUGUUUAGAUUCUUAUUACCUAUGAAGCAAGAAUUUUUAAAUAUUUUAAGCAGCUAAACGCCAUAAUAAUAAAUAAGAAUUAGGCUAUAAGUCUGAAUCGUAAAAUGGCGAAGUCGGCGCCCGUGAACGAUGUACUAUGUAGCGCCGUGGAAUACUUAGUGAAGCUUGGUACUAAUCUACGAAGGCGUUCUGAGACUUUAAAAGAUAAACGGAUAAAAAAAGAUAAAUUAAGAAAUACGCUUGCCGUGCAGAAGGCGGCUAAUAAGGUUUUGCUUUUAUGUGAAUUGUCGAAGAAAUCGAUUGUGACUGUUGAAUCCAGUGUAAACACAAUUUUAUCUCAAAUUAAAACUCUUCAAGGCAGUGCAUAUAGCGGGAAAAGUUACAGUUCAGAAAGUAUCUCUAAUUACGAAUAUUUUCAACAUAACUGUUGGCGGCUAAAAAUUCGACAAAAAAUUCAUUUAAAGCACUAUACUUCUGCCAAAGUAGUAGCAACUGCAAUGCCAUCUUCUCUAGCAAGCAAAUAUCCAGUGUUUUAUGAUUGUAAAUUAUUGAGAUUGCGAAAGAGAGCUGAAAGAAAUGAAGAAAAUACUAAAACCACAAAUUCUGAAACAUUUAAAUCUGUGAAAUUUAAUGAUAGUGUUGUUGUAUGUGGAGAAAAUGUAGAAAGUGAGAUUGCAUGUAAUGAUAGUAGUAAACUGAGUCAAAUUCUUGUAGCUGAUGGUGGUAUAAAAAAACCAACUAAGAAAAAUCUAAGUUCAUCUGAAGAUUACUCGGAGGGCUGCCAAAAAAAGGCUAUUGAAUCAGAAAAAAAGUCUAGUAUGAAAGUUAACCCAUAUUCUAAUAUUGAAAAUUCUCUCCAGAAUAAACAGGAUCUUUUACAAACCAAUAGUGAAAAAAACUCUACUGACAAUUUUAUCCAGACAUCUACCAAUGAGCAUGAAAAGGAGUCUUUAAUAAAUAAAACAAAUCAGAAUGAAGAAGAAAAUGAUGAUAUUAAGUCUAAUGAAGUGCAGUUUAAUGAUGAAAGAGAGGAAGACAAUUUUGAUUCUCAGUUGGGAUCAGAAAAUAUUGAAAUUACUAAUAAUUAUGAAAAUGACAGAAGUGACGACUCAAAUUCUUGUAAAACAACAUACAUCAAAUGUGUUAACAUUAAUAGGCUGCUAAGACCUGACAAAGUCCCUAAAGAUCUGCCACCGGUGGUAAUAGAAAGUGACAGUGAUGACAACCUCAGUAAAUCCCAUAAGCCAAAAAAGAAAUUUAAGCAUGAAGCAAAAGCCAAGCGCAAUUUAAAACAUAAAGCACAUUUCCAUAAUAAAGUAAAAGAUGUACAGAAUUUCAAAGCACGCAAAUUUUGUAUACAAAUUACCAGAUUGCCUAUAUUGACACCUCAGUAUUUAGUGUCCCACAAUUUAAAAAAGAUUAUCCAAAAUGGAGCAGUUUUAUGUGAAAUAUCUCCAAUGGUUAUAACAGAUAUACAAAGUGAUCAUAGUGGUAAAUCAAAUGAUGGUAAAGACAAUUUUAAGCCAGAUGAUGACAUCUUGCCAACUAAAACUUCUUUACUACAACUCUCAGAUUCAGAACUUUCAGAUGAUGACACCAGAAAUGUUAAUGAAACAGUAAAAAAGCAACUACUUUGUGACUCUGACUCUGAUAAAGAAAACCCAAAAGACACCUCGCCUUUUAAUAACAAAAAUGAUAGUAGUAAAGAUGCUAUACAUAUAAAUGAAACAAUAGAACAAAAUGUAGAUAUGGAUAAGUGUAAUGAAGACGGACUUACAAAAAAAUCGAAAAGCUUAGAUAAAGAAAGUGAUUAUAUAGUUCAACAAAAAGAAAGAAAACUUGAUUCACACCGUGUUUUAUUAACACCAGACAUAACAAACGAAGAAACAAAUGAAGAUUGUGAUUUAUUUGAUAAGUUAAAGGAUUCUGUGGACAACAGAGAACAUUCUGAUAGCAAUGAAUGUAUUGAGUCACCAGAGUCAAAAAAAAUAAGACUCUUGGAUAGUAUAUCAAAAAGAAAAUUGCUAUCUCCUUCAUCAAGUUCAGACACAGUAGAUGAACAGCUUAAACAAACAUAUGAUAAGAUAAGAGAAGAUUUGCUGGAAGACAGUCCUGAAAAAGAUUCAAUAAAUAAAUCAGGGUCUGAAUCAUCCAUAUCAAAUACUAGUGGAAAUAGUGACACUAAAUUAAGGAAACGCAAGUUAACUAAAAGAAGAUCAAAUGAAAAUUGUAAUAGCAAGAUGGAUUCUAAUGGUAAAACGAGCAGCAGCAGUGAUGAUACAAAUAAUGAAGAUAAAGCAAUAAAUGGGUUAACGGACCUCCGCACGUUGAAGAGGUCUCGCCGUCAGCGGACCGAAAAGCGCAACCUACUACACGAGUACAGAAUGGCCAAAAUGCCAAAUGUACCAGUGAUCGGUGAAGAGCUUUUGCUUGAACCGGAAUCCAGCUCAGACGUCCCGUCUCCCGCCGCUAAUGAGGACUGCGAAGAACUGCCAUCAAUCACUGUGCCUGGGUUAAAUGGAGACAAUGAUUCACUGGCUAAAGAAGAUUUAUUAGGUGAUAGUGAUACCUCGACGUCACAACCUGAACAUAAAAAUUCACAGGAGGAUAAAGGAAAUUCAGAAGAGGAAAAUCUUAAAUCAAAACGUCGCAAAGCGAAUGCAAUAUCGUCCGAUUCAGAGGCGGGUUCCUCGCGAAGAAAGGAUCACAGAAUGAGUGAUUUCGAGGAUUCAGACGAUGAUGGUUUAGAACCGGUUAAGAGGAAACGGAAGAAAAAUAAACGGUUGGACGAAGAUAGUGAGGGAUCUGGCUCUAGUGAUGGCCAAAAGAAGAGACGACGAAUAAAGAAUAUAGAUGACAGUGAUGGAUCAGGCUCAGAAACGGAAAAUGAAGGUCGAAAUAAACAUGGCAGAAAGAAUAUUCGGAAGGUUAUGGGUAAAAAUCAACUCGAAGAAGCCACCAAGAAGGCGGCCCGAGAGGAGAAGGAAAGAAUCGCUCGAAUCACAGAAAGGCAAAAAUUGUACAAUAACCUGCAAUUUGAUGAGUCUGGUAAACCUGAUGAAGUGGUAUUGGAUAAAGUCGUACUCGAUUUUGAUCCUGAUACAAAGGAACCGACUAUUCAGGUCGAUAAAGGACUUGUCAGGAAACUUAAGCCACAUCAGGCAAACGGUAUAAAGUUCAUGUGGGACGCUUGCUUCGAGAGCGUGAAACGAAUCAAGAAGGGCAAAGGAUCUGGUUGUAUUUUAGCGCAUUGUAUGGGACUGGGGAAGACCUUACAGGUUGUCUCUCUCACUCACACGCUGCUGACCCAUAGUGACCUUACAAACGUGAAUCGUGUACUGGUCGUAUGUCCGCUAUCAACUGUAUUGAAUUGGGUAAAUGAGUUCAAAAUGUGGUUAAAACACUCUGAAACUGACUAUGAAGUGGAUGUCUAUGAGUUAUCUAGGUUCAAACAAAACUCCGAUCGGGCAUUUCAAUUGUCGCAAUGGUACCAACAUGGCGGCGUCUGUGUACUCGGUUAUGAGAUGUUCCGGAAUCUAUCUUCGGACAGUAAUAAAAAAUUCAAGAAGAAAAUGCUUAAAAACUUCCAAGAGAGUCUUGUUGAUCCAGGACCCGAUCUGGUAGUGUGUGAUGAAGGGCAUUUGUUAAAGAACGAAAAGACAAGUCUAUCUCAAGCCAUGAACAAAGUGAAGACAUUACGGCGUAUUGUGCUAACUGGAACGCCAUUGCAGAAUAAUCUAAAAGAAUAUUACUGCAUGGUGCAAUUCGUGAAGCCGAACCUACUUGGUAAAUACAAUGAGUACCUGAACCGGUUCGUGAAUCCCAUCACCAAUGGACAGUAUACGGAUUCCACGGAACACGAUAUCAAGAUUAUGAAGAGACGAUCUCAUGUCCUCCACAAAAUGCUAGAUGGCGCUGUACAGCGACGAGAUUACGGUGUCCUCGCACCGUUUCUUCCGCCGAAGCACGAGUACGUUCUAUUCAUCACCCUUAAUGAAGUACAAAUCAAAUUGUAUACGCACUAUUUGGAUAACUAUUCGAGGAGGCCUCUCCCUGGAAAGUCUUCAGGAUUCCUAUUCCCGGAUUUCCAAUCUCUUCAACGAAUAUGGACGCAUCCCUUAGUACUAAAAUACAAUUCUGAGAGAUACGAAAUCAUGCAACAGAAAAAGAGAGAAAGAGAAGAAGAGGACUCGGAGGGUUCCCUAGUAGACUUCAUUAAUGAUGACUCUACUCCAGAUGAAUCGUCAACCGAAGAAUCGUCAGAUGAUUCGUCGGAUAUGAGUGAUGACAGCCGGAAGAAGAGUAAGAAGAAGAAGUCACCGAAGAAGAGUAAAGGCCGUUCUACGCGACGUGGUACCCGGGCUAACCCUGUGGAAGCCGAAGAAGAUGAUGUGCAAGAGGUGAUAGAGGUGAAGAAUGAGAAUCCAACAGAAUGGUGGAUGUCACUCGUGAACGAAGAAGAGCUGGACGAUAUGCGAAACUCGCACAAACUAGUUUUACUCUUUGAUAUUUUGCGGCAGUGUGAAGCUAUUGGGGAUAAAUUAUUGGUGUUUUCUCAAUCAUUGUACUCGUUAGAUUUGAUUGAGCAUUUCUUGGGAAAAGUAGACGAAGCCACGCAAGAGGGACGAGUGGAUGAAAAAUUGGGAGGACAUGUUGGAUCCUGGUCUCCCGGCGUAGACUACUUUAGAUUAGACGGUUCCACGUCGUGCGAGAAUAGAUCAAUUUGGUGCAAAAACUUUAAUAGAGAAGACAAUCCUAGAGCGAGAUUAUUCCUUAUAUCAACCCGAGCUGGUGGUCUCGGUAUAAAUCUGGUAGCUGCAAACCGUGUCGUCAUUUUUGACGUGUCAUGGAACCCAUCGCAUGACGUGCAGAGUAUCUUCAGAGUCUACCGAUUUGGGCAGAAGAAACCUUGUUACGUAUACCGGUUUCUUGUUAUGGGAACAAUGGAAGAGAAGAUUUACGAGCGCCAAGUGACGAAACAGGCGAUAUCGAAGCGGGUGAUCGACGAGCAACAGAUCGACAGACAUUAUGCGGAGAAUGAUCUCGCGGAGUUGUACAAGUUCGAGCCGAAGCCGCCUCAACCAAGGCCCAUCCCGCCCUUGCCCAAGGACAGACUAUUCGCCGAAAUGCUUAAGGAACAUGAACAAUUGAUAUACAAAUACCACGAGCAUGAUUCCCUUCUUGAAAACAAAGAAGAAGAAACGCUGACCGAAGAGGAGAGGAAAGCGGCAUGGGAGGACUUCGAGAAUGAGAAGACUAGGCCUCCGCCCGCAGUCUUCGCGCAGCCCUACGCUAUGCAUAACGGCAUGAUGUUGGCACAGCAACAGCAGUUGGCGUACGCUGCCCUGGCAGCCACUCUUCGUAAAGAAGCUCCCACUAUCACUGAGAACCAGAUACGAGAUAUGAUACCACUUUUAUAUGGUGCUAACCCACAGAUGUUCGGAGGAUAUGAUUAUGGUCUGAUGCAGAAGUUGGGUGAAAUGUAUAAAUACCCACAAUCGGGCAUGAUGAAUCCUGGUAUGAUGAACGCUGUCAUGAAUUCUGGUGCUGGUGGUGGCAGUAUGCCGCUAGGUGGCAGCAGCGGGCUACAGUAUGAACCGCCUUGGCAGCGACAGCAGCAAAUGCGAUUGCAGCAACUGAUGCAACAGCAAAAUCAAAUGGGUGCGAAGUUCUACGCGGGUGGGCUAGGCAGUCGUGACCCCGUGGCGAUGGCCCUGCAACAUCAGAGGGCGCGGGAGAUGAUGCUGGGAGAGCGGACACGCGGACGUCCGCCGAACCGCGAUACUGCGCCAAGGACCAACUCGCACGACGUUGUUAACCUUGACUCGGAUUAGAAGAAUACUACAAAUGAACUCUGUACAGUGAAUGAUAUUAAGGUGCUACGCAGGAAGGAUAGUUGGUACAUGAGCCGGAGUGGGCCAAACUAGGCAUACUGUGUAGUUUUACUAUAGACACACCCUACACUACAUAUCAUGAAUCUCAUUUGACAUCGCACACACAACUAGAAAAAUAAAUUCCCUAUGUACGCUUGUAGCUAAAAUCCAAGAGAUUAGGAUAUUUUUUUAUCAAGCAAAAAUUUAGUUGAAAGGUGAAGUGUUAUAUAACAUUGUAGGCGUUGUGUUUUUAUUUGUCAUCUUUAGGAUUCAGUGUCAGGCGAUUACUUAUAAGACAAUUUUAGGUAAGAUUUUUGUGAAGCAUCUUUUAAAAUCAAACUCAAUGAUAAUAGCUUGCCAACCCACAUAUCAGGAGACCUUGAACAUUUUAUAGGCACUUGGCCGUUUUAGUACUCGAAGCAACAAAUAAAUAUAUACAGUGCCUAAAAUGCCUAAAACUGUUUUAGAUUCAUCUUAAAAUCGAAUUUGAAUAUGUAGAUGUAAAUAAGAGUAGAUAAUGCAUUUUCAUUGUAAGCUUUUUAAUCUUCAUUUUCAAACGUAUUCAAACUAAUCUGUAUUGAAGAGGUCCUAAUCAAAUUUAAAUAUAUUUUUAACAUUUUUUUCUAGUACAAACUGGACUUAAGCGUUUAAAUACUUUUAAUACAGAUUUGAAAUUUUGCAUUCAGUAAAUGUGGCUUGCUAAAUUAUAUUAAUCUCAGUACAGGAAAUUAGUGUUAAGUUAUAAUAAAUGUUGGUAGUUUUUAACGCAAUGUGAAAUACAUUUUGUGACUGUGCAAUUACAUACAUAAUUUGCUUAAUUUUCUUUGAUAGGAAAUCAAUAUUUAGGUGUAUAAAUUUUAUAACAAAACGUAGGUUUAUAUUAUAAAUUGGGAAUAGGAUUCAUUGUUUCUCUGCCCCUAUCAAGAUAAAUAAAAUAAUUUUGUCAUCACAUCAAUAUUAAAAAAUAAAAUCGUUGGGGUAGAGCAACUGACCCAUUUGCUAUUUCUGUUGUAACUUCGCAUAAACUCCAUUCCAUUAAUAUCAAUUGAUUUAAUUGGAUUUCUGUUUGGUGAUGUAAUAUUCUGUUGUGAGUAGAUUAAUUGAUUGUGAUUUAAGACUAGUUUCUAUAUUAUUUUUCGAAUGACUUGAUAAUUAAAUGGUUCAAUCGGAUCUAUUGAAGUCUUAGCUGUAAAGGUGAACAUUUUAGUUGUGAUAUUAUCACUAUUACAUUUUUGUAUACGUUUACUUUAAUACUUGACAAUUACUAUUAGUUAUAUAUUUAUAAAAAAUUAUGAAUAGUAUUCUACCGUGUGAUGAUUUAAUUGGACACUAAUAAAGGCAUUCUGAAUGUUGUUUUUAUUUUUUAAGUUACAAGUAUCUCCUAGAUUUUAUCAUAAUAUUUAUGAGUUAUAUACAUUUUUUAUGAGCAGUAUUUGAAUUAGUUUGUAAGUUAUUUACUCAAUAUUUUGUUAAGAAAAACUGUAACAGGUUUCUUUAUUUCGCACACAUGUGAAAACAGUUGUAUUUCACAAUAAUAUAACAAUAUGUACUAUAUUAUAAUAAUGGUAAAUGUAGAAAACUUCCUAUUAUUUUGUAGUAAAAUUGAGGAAUAAUAAAUAACUUAAAAUGUGUA